AUGAUGGAACUACCGCUAGACGAGGUGGUGUACCAGGACGACUAUGGCUCCGUGUCCGUCAUGUCGGAGCGCGUGUCCGGCCUGGCCAACAGUAUUUACCGCGAGUUCGAGAGACUCAUCAGGAGCUAUGAUGAGGAGGUGGUAAAGGAGUUGAUGCCACUUGUUGUCAACGUUCUGGAGAACCUGGAUUCGGUUCUGACGGAGAACCAGGAACACGAAGUGGAGCUCGAGCUGCUCAAAGAGGACAACGAACAGCUCAUCACGCAGUACGAGCGCGAGAAGGCUCUGCGUAAGCAGGCGGAGGAGAAAUUCAUCGAGUUUGAGGAUGUUCUGGAGGCAGAGAAAAAGGAGUUACAGUCACAUGUGGACACACUGGAGCUGCAGGUCAAACAGCUGGAACUGAAGACCAAGAACUAUGCUGACCAAAUCUCCCGUUUGGAAGAGCGUGAGUCAGACAUGAAGCGGGAGUACAACGCCCUUCACCAACGACACACAGAGAUGAUUCAGACGUAUGUGGAACACAUUGAACGCUCCAAAAUGCAACAAGCCGGCAACCAAUCAGACACAGGCACGGGCUGUGGACGGACUAAAUCCGAGCGACCCCCUUCGCUGAGUCUUUUCCCCACGGGGGAUGGUAUGGUACGUGGGGGUCCCGGGGGGGCUAGGAUGUCAUCGUCAGACGCCUGGCAUGCCAGUGACGUCGGCCGGCCCGCCUACGCCUCCGGCUACCAGGUUAUACAACCAGAGCUCACUUCGUCGGAGUCUGACUCCAUCGCAGCCACACCCAGCAGCACAGGGAGCAAAUCGAACACACCCACCUCAUCCGUUCCCUCGGCGACCGUUACCCCUCUCAACGAGGUGAUGGCUCCGUCAGGGGAGUAUGACAUGUACCGCGGCCGCGGCCGCGGCCGCAAGAAUGGCAAACGCAACAGCAGGAACAUGGAGGUGCAGGUUUCCCAGGAAACCAGGAACGUCAGCAUAGGUAUGGGUAGCAGUGAUGAGUGGUCUGAGUUUCAGGAGAUCAUUGACUCAACUCCAGAACUGGAUAUGUGUAUGGACCCUCGCAUUUACGGAGGAGGAAACAGUCCGUCUCAGGGCAUAGUAAACGAGGCAUUUGGCAUAAACACAGACUCUCUCUACCACGAGAUCAAAGAUGCCAAAUCGGACAUCAUCGGUGACGUGGAUGCAGGGGCGGAGCUCCUCGGGGAAUUCUCAGUGCGGGAUGAUUUCUUUGGAAUGGGGAAAGAAGUGGAGAAUCUGCUGACAGAAAAUAAACAGCUACUGGAGACCAAGAACGCUCUAAACAUCGUGAAGAACGACCUCAUCGCCAAAGUGGACGAGCUGUCCGGAGAACAGGAAGUGCUCAGAGAGGAGCUGGAGGCUGUGAAACAGUCCAAGAGCAAAGUGGACAGCAGAGUCAAAGAGCUGGAGGAGGAGCUUAAGAGGCUCAGAGCUGAAGCGUUGGGGGCAUCUCAAGACUCGAAAGACGACGGUGGGGAGGACUAUUCGUCCCCGCUGCAGGACGACGUGGCCAUGACUCAGAGGAGGAGGUUCACGCGGGUGGAGAUGGCCCGUGUCCUUAUGGAGAGGAACCAGUACAAAGAGAGGCUGAUGGAGCUGCAAGAGGCUGUGCGCUGGACAGAGAUGAUCAGGGCAUCGAGAGAGAAUCCUCAGAUCCAGGAGAAAAAGAAGUCCACGAUCUGGCAAUUCUUUGCACGUUUGUUCAGUUCAUCAACAAGCCCUCCUCCAGUGAAACGUCCCUAUACCAGCGUUAACAUCCACUACAAGAGCCCGUCACCAGCCGGUUUCAACCAGAAACGCUCGCAUACCAUGUGUCAGAUCUCCACCUCAAACCGGACCCUGGAGUUCUUCCCCGACGACGACUCGGCGCUGAGCGCCCGCAGGGAGCAGCGUCGGGAGCAGUACCGACAGGUCCGUGAGCACAUGCGCCGGGACGACGGCCUCAUGCAGGCCUGCGGCUGGAGUGUCCCGCCCCGACACAAACAGGCCAAUGAGAAGGAGGAUAAUCGUGUGAAGAACGUCCCUGUGCCUGUCUACUGUCGCCCCCUAGUGGAGAAAGACCCCAACAGGAAGCUGUGGUGUGCAGCAGGGGUCGACCUAACCGGCUGGAGAACAACCAAUCAGGAUGGAGCGAGUAUGAAGCCACCGCCAAGUGGUUCUGAUCCCCUGACAGCAGAGGAGGAGGCAGGAGAGAACAAGAGUGAGCACAGCUCACCAGAGAAGAAGAAGCCUAAGGAGCUGCAUGAGUCAGACUCGAUGAGCAGCCGGGUGUGGAUCCUGACCAGUACUCACGCCGGCAGUAAGGUGGUGAUUAUCGAUGCCAACCAGCCUGGCUCCCUGGUUGACCAGUUUAACGUGUGUAAUGCUCACGUGCUCUGCAUCUCCAGCGUCCCAGCAGCCAGUGAGAGUGACUACCCUGCGGGUGAGAUCUUCCUGGAACAGCAGGGGGAGGGUGGCAGUUCGGAGGACACUGGCGGCGUGGAGGGGAUGUUGGCAGGCAUCACUUUAGUGGGCUGUGCCACCAACUGCAGCGUGGUACGCAGCAACUGCUCCUCGCGCACAGACACCCCUGUGCUGGACAAAGGACAAGGUGAGUUAGGCAGGAUUUGCAUUCACAGACUGGCUGUCUCUCAGUCCGCCGAAGAGGCAACAGAAGCCACUGAGGUGUCCGAGGAGGCGGGGCCUACUGAGGAGGGACAAAGCUCCGCCCCUCCAGGACCCUUCACAGAACACGUUUUUACUGACAACACAAGCAGUGAGGGAGGUGCACCAAAGGAGGAGGUGACCUCUGCCCCCCCAGACCCAGAGGAGGGGGGAGAGGACCGAGCAGGAACCAGCGCUGCCCCCACCAUGUGGCUCGGAGCACAGAAUGGCUGGUUGUAUGUGCACUCUGCUGUUGUUAACUGGAAGAAAUGUCUUCACUCCAUCAAACUCAAAGACUCUGUGCUCAGUCUAGUGCACGUUAAAGGAAGGGUGUUGGUGGCGUUAGCGGACGGUACUCUUGCCAUCUUCCACAGAGCUGAAGACGGGCAGUGGGACUUGUCUAACUAUCACCUGAUGGACCUGGGUCGGCCGCACCACUCCAUACGCUGCAUGGCGGUGGUCCACGAUAAAGUCUGGUGUGGCUACAAGAACAAAGUCCACGUCAUCCAGCCCAAAAGCAUGCAAAUCGAGAAAUCGUUUGAUGCUCACCCACGAAGGGAGAGCCAGGUCAGACAGUUGGCAUGGAUUGGCGACGGCGUCUGGGUAUCGAUCCGUCUGGACUCCACGCUGCGUCUGUACCACGCUCUCACACACCAGCACCUCCAGGACGUUGACAUAGAGCCUUAUGUUAGCAAGAUGCUGGGCACUGGAAAGCUUGGAUUCUCUUUUGUCCGAAUAACAGCUUUGCUGAUUGGUGGAAAUCGGCUGUGGGUGGGGACAGGGAAUGGCGUCAUCAUCUCCAUUCCACUAACAGAAACUGUUGUCCUUCAUCGGGGACAGCUUCUUGGACUGAGGGCGAAUAAGGUGUCUCCUACAUCGUCGGGAGGCAUAAUCCACGUAUACGCUGAUGAUAGCUCGGAGAAGAACAAUGGAAGCUUUAUACCAUACUGCUCUAUGGCCCAAGCCCAACUCUGUUUCCACGGCCACCGAGACGCUGUCAAGUUUUUUGUGUCAGUGCCAGGCAACGUGCUGGCCACCCUGAACGGCAGUGUGUUGGACAGCCCGUCAGAGUCUCAGGGGUCCUCAGCUCCGGCGGAGACAGAAGCACAGAGCGUUCAAAAUGUGCUGGUACUGAGUGGAGGGGAGGGUUACAUCGACUUCCGUAUCGGUGAUGGAGAGGAUGAUGAGGCAGAGGAGGGUGAGGAAGGUGCCCCUCAGAUGAAGCCAGCUCUGUCUAAAGCAGAGAGGAGUCAUAUCAUUGUAUGGCAGGUGUCUUAUGUCCCAGAGUGA